ACCAGAACCAGCAUCUGGAGCCCGAGGAGGUCCUCAAAUACAGCGAGUUUUUCACGGGCAGCAAGCUGAUGGACUACGCCCGCAACGUGCACGAGGAGUUCUGAGCCCACGCAGCCCCCCGCCACCCCCCGGGCUGGCCGCCGCCGCCGGUCCGGCCCUGCCCCAGGCUCGGCGGCCUCGCAGGCCCCCCUCAGCCCUCCUGCUCUUCGGGCUUGUGCUGGGAGCUGCCGCCCGGCUCACCUGCGUGGGGGACGCCUACCCCAGAGACGGCAGGUGCUGUCAGGACUGCCCGCCCGGCUAUGGGAUGGAGAGGCGCUGCAGCGGAGGCCAGGACACCGAGUGCCACCCUUGUCUGUCCGGCUUCUACAAUGAGGCUACGAACUAUGAGCCCUGCAAACCCUGUACCCAGUGCAAUCAGAGAAGUGGGAGCGAACCCAAGCAGAGAUGCACACCUACGCAGGACACCGUCUGCGGCUGUAAGCCAGGCACCGAGCCCCAGGACGGCUUCAAGCGUGGUGUCGACUGUGCCCCGUGCCCACCGGGACACUUCUCCCCAGGGGACGACCAGGCCUGCAAGCCCUGGACCAACUGUACCCUGAAAGGAAAGCGUACGGUGCGGCCAGCCAGUCAAAGCUCAGAUGCUGUCUGUGAGGACAGGAGCCCCCCGGCCACGCUGCCAUGGGAGACCCAGGGCCCCCCAGCCCGGCCCCCCACCACCCAGCCCACCACAGCCUGGGCCAGGGCCUCCCAGGAGCCCUUCACGCCCCCUACAGAGCCCCCCAGGGGCCCCCAGCUGGCCGCUGUCCUGGGCCUGGGCCUGGGCCUCCUUGCUCCCGUGGCAGCUGCGCUGGCGCUACUUCUGCACCACAGAGCCUGGCGGCUGCCCCCCAGUGGAAAUAGCUUCCGGACCCCUAUCCAGGAGGAGCACUCCGACGCCAACUCCGCCCUGGCCAAGAUCUGAGCCAAGACUGGAGCAGCUAGUGCUCCCACCCCCGGCUGGGGCCCCUGAGGGCCUGCUAGACAUGGAGGGGCUUUGGGGUGCCCCCACGCGCAGGCCACCGUGUCCCAUAAUCCCCCCACCCCGCGCCGUUUUAGGUGCUCCUGGCCUGCGCCCAGGGCUCUGCUACGUAUGCUGUGCAUACUCUCCGCCCAGGGUGGUCCCCCCAAUAAAUGACAUUGGCGAA